AUGUGGUGGCCGUUUCAGUGGUUGGUCAUCUACGUUCUUGGAGGUGUAACAUUCGUACCGUUGGUGAUAGUUCUUACUGUCGUCUACGUAUACAAGUAUGGCUCGGUACCUAUAGGAGAUGCGGAUCCGUACAAAAUCGAAAAAUCAGAAUUGCAAGAUCAAGAAGAGAAGGAUGAACAAAUUGAACGAAGCAAAACGUUGACCUCGAUGGGUAACAAGCCAAUCUCGGGAUGGUUGACUGUCAGACGUCAAUUCAAGCCUCUCAGUGCUGGUGUUGGAUCAAAGAAUGCUAUAGCGACCGGCACAAGUGCUGAUGAGGCUGAUGAGGCUGAACACGGAGUGGUAGAACAAGAACGAGAGAAAGGAGAUACAGAAUCAAUCGUCACAAAUGGAUCGACAACGUCCAACACAACCACUCCCAGUAACAACAAUCCUACGACAUACUCGGCUCGUAUAGCUCAGACGUAUCGCUCGAUGGUAGAAUCCCGAGCAUCAAGGAAAGAACCGGUUCCUAAAGAGUUCUUCUUCUGUGUGCUCAAGGGAUCUGUACUGUUCUUAUAUGAAGAUGAAUCUCAGAGCAAUUGUGUGGCUGCCCUCGGUGUAGAUCAAUAUACUGUUAGAAUUGAAAGGGAAGAUGGGAAAAGGUUUAAGGGCAAAGAUGCUGAGAUGUUUUCCAAGCGGAACGCGGUGGUCUUGCGAGUUGCGAAGGGGGUAGAGAAAAAGGGAAUACCCUUAGUUAGUAAAGAUACACAAGUGGGGAGUGAGGAAGGAAAAGAGAGAGAACUGGAGAAUAAACCGAUCUUCUUGUUCACCAAGUCGAAUUUCAAAAUGGAGGAUUGGUACCUCGCCCUUCUCGAGGCUUCAUCACAAGCAGCUCAAGCCAAAACAUCCGAAGUUUUCGAAUCGAGGGAUAUGCAAGCUUUGGUUGACACCAUCGACACUGAACCUGAUCCCAUACCGAUGAGAUGGUUCAACGCAAUGCUUGGAAGGAUAUUCUUCUCCUUAUACAGAACGGAAGCCCUCGAACAGUUUAUAAUUACCAAAAUGAUGAAGAAACUCACUCGGAUGAAUCGGCCUUCAUUCUUGGGUCCUAUAGUAGUGAGAGAGGUGAACGGUGGCACGUCACCACCAUUUCUCUCCAAACCUAUGUUGAAGGAUCUUACCGCAGAGGGUACAGCGGCUUUCGAAGCGCACAUGCAAUAUCGAUCUCAUCCUAGUCGUCCCAACUCUCAUGUCCGUAUCACUAUCGCUACGACCGCAACUAUCCCCACAGGGUUCAAGCCUUACGUGGUCGAUCUAGUACUAGCUGUAGUCGUAAAAUCCUUAGAAGGUAAUCUGGUCAUGCAGAUUAAGAGACCUCCAAGCAACAGAAUUUGGUACGGGUUUACUUCGAUGCCAAAAAUGGACAUUGAGAUCAUUCCGGUGGUUAGUGAGCGAAAGAUCCAGAUCGGAAUGGUAUUGAAGGCGAUUGAGAAACAGUUGAGGGAUGUUAUCGCAGAAUCUGUGGUUUUACCAAAUAUGGAUGAUCUUGCGUUCUUCGACACGACCAAGAUGAGUGUGCGCGGUGGUAUCUUCAAUGAAUCCAGCAAGAUUAAGCGAGGUGAAGAAAUGGAACAGCCGGAGACCGCUGUACCUAUACCGGAAUCAGAAAUUCAGACGUCGAACGAAGACCCAGCUUCGGCUGUUCCCAGUACUUCAAGUCUACGGAAAAGGAACCCUCAAAAGUCCAAAACCACUGAUAUCAACGGGCUGGGACAAGCUGAAGAAGCACCUCAACUUGGUCUACCUCGCACAGAUACCGCUCCACCUACACUGAGCAACGGCACUACAAACAGAACGGCUGCUACCGUCCAAGCCACCAAGAAAUGGUUCGCGCAAACCGGAUCAGCUCGUCCUCCUUCACUUACCUCACAGACUGUCACUGGGGGGUUCAAGCACUCUUCCGACGACAACCUGAUGCCGCAAAGGUCAGACAGCUCCAAAGUUCAGGGCACAGCUCUGUCAGAUCCCACUCUAGUCGAUGCUAAUCUCACAAACAGUCCAGCGAUCGCAGCCGUCCAAGUGUCAUCUAGCACUGCACCGUUGUCAGAAGAAGAGAAAAGAUCCCUUGAAGCCGUUCAACCCUCUGAUAGCAUACCCACUCCCACUCCUCAAGGCGAUAUCAAUAUUCGUGCGUUACAUGGGGAGCCCCGAGCUUCGGAUGCAUCCAUCGCAUCCACCUCAAGCUCAAGCACCGGAACUAUACCGUCAGCCGCUCCACACAGCUCAACCGCUUCGCUCAUCAGCAGUCUUCGAGCUCGUGACAAACAGGCAAUCCAAGCUCAGGUGGGAACAGCUAGAGACAGUCUGAAGAAAUGGGGUGUUGGACUGGCAGCUAAGCGUAAAGCUAUGAAGGAAGGUAUUCAGCAUAGAGAGGAACACCGUCCGCCGGCAUUAUACCGGCCUCCAGAGGAGGACUUUCGAGAGGAUGAACGAACAUCAGCCUCAACCUCGCCCAACCGAUCUUUGCAGGAUAGAUUGAACGCUGCUGCUCAUGCCAGUGCUACCUCCGUGCCUAUGACUAUACCGUCAAGAGGCAGAUCUGCUUCUUCGAGCUCAAGACCCAGCUUGUUCGCUUCACCUAAAUCGGCUGCCUCACCCGCUUCUACUUCUCCACCGAAAUGGUCGCCACCUUCAUCGAAGCCGACAACCGGAAUAGUGAGAGAUGACAUCUCGCAAAAUUCCAAUCCAUCUACAUCUGUUCCGUCACAUACUAGAAGAACGUCCAAUACGGCGCCGGUAUUUGUACAACCUACUUCUGGAAGAUCUAUGGUCGUACCUAGAGUACCGAAAAGACCUGGUCAAGUAACAGGAAUAGGUCAUAAUGCUGCUGAGCCUAUGAUUAGGAAAGUGUCAACGGAAGAUGGCCUGAGAGAGGAACGAGUCGAGGAUGUCCAUGCGGACGGACAAACAGCGCCUCCAGCACUUCCACCUAGGAAAUCGAAAGAGUCCCUUCGACCUGCUCAAAAUAGUGUUGUCGGAGAUAGCAAUCCACCGGAUAUUCCUUCACCGGCUAAACCCUCAACACCUGCACCUUCAAAUGUACCACCUCCUUUACCUCCUCGAAAGUCAUCACCCGCAGCUUCAAGCACCAACGUGAACACAGAAAUCGGAUUGCCACAGCAACCUGACCAUGUACCACAGAUAAAUGAUCCUCCUCCGCAAGCCUCUCGACCGGAACUUGCUGAAAGGUCAAAUUCGAUUGCAGCUCUACCGUCAAUUAAUACUACCGAUUCUCCGUUCGAUGAGGUUCCCAAUAUCGAUAUCACCUCUCCAAGAACUGUCAAGAUAGAAUCGGCUUUAUCGAAAAGUCCCGGAUCGUCUUCGACAGCCGAGGACGCUCUGAGGAGUUUGGUAGCAAAGAAUGAGGAAGCGCUGAAAGCAAAAGCGACUAAGAGUGUACCUCCUAAUCCGGAUAUUUCCACUACCCAUACGAUACCGAAUGAUCAUGCUAGUAGUGUUGCAGGAGAUGAUGGUGUUACUAAUGCGCAAAAUGAUGAAACACAGGCUGUCGAAUCGAAAGAUUGA